UAUUAGGGGAAGGAGGGCGGAGGCGGAGGCCAGUUCCCCAGUUCCAGUCGCUGUCGCCUGCACAGUUGCAGCCGCCGCCGCCUCCCACCAGCUCGCCCGAGGAAGAGGGAACGCGCGCAAGCACGGGCGUCCCCGCCCCAGUCUUUCCCCGGAAUCAUGAACCCUAACUGUGCCCGGUGCGGCAAGAUCGUGUACCCCACGGAGAAGGUGAACUGUCUGGAUAAGUUCUGGCAUAAAGCAUGCUUUCACUGCGAGACCUGCAAGAUGACCCUGAACAUGAAGAACUACAAAGGUUAUGAGAAGAAGCCAUACUGCAAUGCACACUACCCCAAGCAGUCCUUCACCAUGGUGGCCGACACUCCGGAAAACCUCCGUCUCAAGCAACAGAGCGAGCUGCAGAGUCAGGUGCGCUACAAGGAGGAGUUUGAGAAGAGUAAGGGCAAAGGCUUCAGCGUGGUGGCAGACACGCCCGAGCUGCAGAGAAUCAAGAAGACCCAGGACCAGAUCAGCAAUAUCAAAUACCAUGAGGAGUUUGAGAAGAGCCGCAUGGGGCCCAGUGGAGGUGAAGGUGUGGAAUCAGAGCGCCGAGACCCCCAGGACGGCAGCAGCUACCGGAGGCCCACAGAGCAGCAACAGCCACAGCCUCACCAUAUCCCGACCAGUGCCCCAGUUUACCAGCAGCCCCAACAGCAGCAGGUGACCCCAUCCUAUGGUGGAUACAAGGAGCCAGCAGCCCCUGUCUCCGUACAGCGCAGUGCCCCAGGUGGCGGUGGGAAACGGUACCGUGCAGUGUAUGACUACAGCGCUGCCGACGAGGACGAGGUCUCCUUCCAGGAUGGGGACACCAUCGUCAAUGUGCAGCAGAUCGAUGACGGAUGGAUGUACGGGACCGUAGAGCGCACCGGUGACACUGGGAUGCUGCCAGCCAACUAUGUUGAGGCCAUCUGAGCCCCGUGCUGCCCCACCCUCUGUCUUCAAUGCAUUCCAUGGCAUCACAUCUGUCCUGGGGCCUGACCCGUCCACCCUUCAGUGUCUCUGUCUUUUAAGAUCUUCAACUGCUUCUUUAUCCCCGCCCCUCCUCCUCCAGCUUCUUUUGCCAAUCCAAGCCUUGUUCUGACCGUGUCGUGGGCUCCUUCCUCUGGCAGGUUUUCCCUUGAACCAAUCAACUGAUUGAUUUUUCUCUCUGGAUGGAAAAGGCUGGGCACUCUGGGGAGGGCAGGAUUGUUCUGAGGCGGGUGGGCUCACAGGGCUGGGCUGAAAUGGGAGACCCAUUAAGGAAAUCAGCUAGACUGGGGGUGGCACCAUACACCCUUAAUCCCAGCAGAGGAUUAAUCCCAGCGAAGGGAGGCAGAGGCAGGCAGAUCUAUGACUUUGAAGCCAGCCUGGUCUACAUCAUGAGUUUCAAGACUACCAGAGCUGUGUAGUGAGACCCUGCCUCAGAGGAAGAUGGUAGUGGUAGUGGUGCUGGGGGGUUGGUUAGCUCCCAGUUUCACUUCCUGCCUUAGGCCCCUCGGAACCCCUGGCCCAGCUCCCUGACACUCUUCCUCCUAGAGCUGGGGUGAGCUGCAAACUCCUCAUUCCUUCCAGUGGGGCUCCACACGUUCCCAGGGGGUGGGUAUUAAGGCCUCAGUUAUGUAGAGAACAAUGUGAUGACCUCUUCCCUACUCCAUCUUCCAGACUCUGCCUCCUUCGGGCAUCCAAAGGAGAGCAGAGUUCCUGCUUCAGGCUAAAUCCCUGCCCCUGUGUGCAGUCCUCACACACGGAGUGUGCCAUUCUGCCCACGCAAACCAAAGGGCGGCCAAAGAGCUCCCCGGAAAUCUCAGCUUGGGUCAAAUUCUUGCCUUAGUUCUAGGGGCAGCAGCAGAAAGGAGGGAACAGGGUGUUCUCCCCCUGGCCUCUUGGCUUCCCGCCUCCCCCAGCCUCCUGGGACUCUAUCUCCCUGGCAGGGAGCCUGCUGCAAAGCAUAGAGCAAGGCAUGCCUUUGGGACUUGACUUAGCCGGUUCUUCCCGCUCCCCUGGGAAAAGGUCUCUGUGUCUCCCCAGAACAAGGCUGGACUGGCUUAGAGCUCUGCAAAACUAGAAAGUGGGAACAGUCUCUGGAGCACAGGAGCCCCCCCCCCCCCUCGCUGGGCAGGUGGGAGAAGGCUUCCGGGUUAGACAUGCGCCUUCCUAUCUGUGUCUGAGACUCCAGACCAAGUCACCCACACUGUGGCACCUCACCUGAGGCUCUCCUGUCCUUGAAGCAAAGGAGAGAGUCCAGGGCUCCAAAGCUGGCAGCACCAUCUCUGGGCUGGUGCUAAGUUCAAGUUCCUCCUUUGCAUCUGGGGCCUGGGACAGCACUAACUUCAUUCAUCUCUGGGUUUUCUUGUCGCUCCUCCCGGGUCCCCUGAUUCUCAUCUUUAUCCUAAGUCCGAUGUCAGGUCCCUUUGCAUACUCAGACCCUGCUGCACAUGAGGUUUGAACCUGAAGAUCUUGGUCAGGCCAGCAAUGUGGUUGUCACGAGGGCUUACUAGAGGAACAUCCUCCUGCCUAGUCAAUCCCUUUACUUCUGACUCUAGCCUGGGUGAAGGCGAGGAGUGGUCUGGUUGGCAGCAUGGGGAGAGCCUUGUAGGAACAUCUCAGGAGCCACUGGGGAGGUGCCACUCCAUUCAUUUCCUCUUGAUCUCAAAGCACAAUGUGGUUCUGGGGAGCAGAGGUCAGGGGCGCCUGUUUUUGGAGGGCCUGUGUUCAGGAGGUGCUACAGUCUCCUGGUUCCUCUCAGUUGGACCUCCCUUCCCAACAUGUCAAGUCAGCUGUUCUAGUGCCCUAGAAGUGGGGGAGACUUUUCACACACCUGCAGAGGGAAGAGGAACUACCUAAGGUGCUGAGGGCCCCAAGCCUGCUGGAGUCCAUACUUUUCUAAGAGCAUCCACCCCUAGAAGAGCACAGAAUCCCCAAGCCCAUGGUCUCCUCCUUUGUAAAGGUCUUUUCAGCCAAUCAAAACCCAGGAAAGAAGGCGCCUUGGCUAGACUGUGAACUUUAACUUUUGUGGACCAAUCCUAUAAUGCAAGAAGCCCCAUGGUGAGGGACAUGGAUUCUCCCCGGGAUGCUUCCUGUUUUCCCUCCCCAUGUCCCUUCAGGGAACUUUUUAUUUUCUAAUAGCUGGACACAAGACAAAAAGUACCACCCCACACAGAGCCUGUAUUUAAACAGAAACAGAAGUGACCCUGUGAAGUCCGCCUCUGUCCAACAUUUCAUCUGUGUGUGAGUGUGUGUGUGUGUGUGUGUGUGUGAAGCCACCCACUCAUCUUUUAUAUCAGGUUAUCAUCUUUCUUUGGUAUGUUUGGUCCCCUCCCUCCUGGCCUAGUGCUUGGGAUCAAUUCUUUCUGGCCUAUUAUGAUUUUGAACAUUGACUUGAACCACAAAGUGAAUCUUUAUCCUAGUGACUCAAAUAAAAGUGUAAUUUUUACCUGC